ACAGGGGUAGCAAAGAGAAAGUAAGUACUGUAUGUUGCAGCGGGAGAUCAAUGAAAGCGAGUGAAUGGCGGGCUGAGAGCCUUAAAGAGCAACGCCGGAUGCCGGAGGGAAAGAGAGCCCUGCGUUGAAAGAGCUUGAAUUCCUUUUGACUUGCUAUUCUCAGCCUCCUCAUGCCUCCAUCUCCACUAGACGACAGGGUAGUAGUGGCACUCUCCAGGCCCGUAAGACCUCAGGAUCUCAACCUUUCCUUAGACUCCGCCUACCUUGAAUCUGCCUCUUCCACCAGCGAGAGCCACGUGAGUCUCCUUAGCACUGCUGUUGUGUCCCUCAAGGCUUCUAAUCUCACGUAUAUGCCCUCAUCCAACGGCUCUGCCCGCUCCCUGAGUUGUGGAUGCAGCAGUGCCAGUUGCUGCAGUGUGGCAACGUACGACAAGGACAAUCAGGCCCAAACUCAAGCCAGCACCAGCAGCACCUCUGCCAACGUAGGAACCUCGACCACUUGCCCUGCGAACCAAAUGGUCAACAACAAUGAGAACUCUGGCACUUUGAGUCCCUCGAGUGGAGUAGGGAGCCCUGUCUCAGGCCCAACAAAACCCUUGGCUAGCAUCAAAAUAAUCUAUCCCAAUGAUCUGGCUAAAAAGAUGACCAAAUGUACCAAAAGCCACCAAGGGCCCGUCAUCAUUGAUUGUCGGCCAUUCAUGGAGUACAACAAGAGCCACAUCCAGGGAGCUGUUCACAUCAACUGCUCUGAUAAGAUCAGCCGGAGGAGGCUUCAGCAGGGCAAGAUCACUGUCUUGGACUUGAUCUCUUGCCGGGAAGGCAAGGACUCCUUCAAGAGGAUCUUUUCCAAAGAAAUUGUUGUUUAUGAUGAGAAUACCAAUGAGCCAAGCAGAGUAAUACCUUCGCAGCCAUUGCACAUAGUGCUGGAGUCUCUUAAGCGGGAAGGCAAGGAACCACUGGUUCUAAAAGGUGGACUCAGCAGCUUCAAACAGAACCACGAAAACCUCUGUGAUAAUUCUCUCCAGCUCCAAGAGUGCCCAGAAGGUGGUGGAGGCAGCGGGAGUGGUGCCACCUCAGUGACCUGUACGCUACCUCAAUCUGUCCCUACCACGCCAGACAUUGAGAAUGCCGAGCUCACCCCUAUCUUGCCCUUCUUGUUCCUUGGCAAUGAGCACGAUGCUCAGGACUUGGAGAAGAUGCAGCGGCUGAACAUCGGCUACAUCAUCAACGUCACCACUCACCUCCCCCUUUAUCAUUACGAGAAAGGGUUAUUCAACUACAAGCGACUCCCCGCUACAGACAGCAACAAGCAAAAUCUCAGGCAGUAUUUUGAAGAGGCUUUUGAAUUCAUUGAGGAAGCUCACCAGUGUGGGAAAGGUCUCCUUAUCCACUGCCAGGCUGGCGUCUCCCGCUCUGCCACCAUAGUCAUUGCUUACCUUAUGAAGCACACACGGAUGACCAUGACUGAUGCCUAUAAGUUUGUGAAAGGCAAGCGACCAAUCAUUUCUCCUAAUCUUAAUUUCAUGGGGCAGUUACUGGAGUUUGAAGAAGAUCUGAACAAUGGAGUCACACCCCGAAUCCUUACACCAAAGCUAAUUGGGGUUGAGACUGUUGUGUGAUGGUAAAGAAGCAUGUGAGAGACUAUCAUAUUUUUGACACAAAUUGGGAGACUGGUGUGGUUGGGGUUUUUGUAGCUUUAUUGGGGAGGGAUUGUUUUAAGUCAAACUCUAGAUGACAACCUUUUUGAAGGAAAGGUUAUAAAAAUAGAAGGACUUCACACAUGUUGAAGCGAAUGCUAUUGUCAGUCCAUUUUGGGGGGGAAAUGGAAGAAGAGAUGCUUAAAAAGAAAAUCAGUUUUUGAAAUCUACAUGUGUGUGAGAGAAAAAGUGGACACUAUAUAUUUUUAUUUCCUUUUUGGUGAUUCAGCUACUUGUAGAGAUUAUGACUAAGUAGUCUGUGCGGGUUCAUAGACCGAAAACAGUUAUGUUUUUUAAAAAAACACAACCAGCCAAAAUAAAAGCAAAAAGACAACAAAAUCCAUAGGCCUUGAGACUGCAAAGGCUUUGCUAAAGAGAACCUAAGCAAAACGCUUGCUGGUGCAAAGAAGGUCAGAGCAGCUUAAACUAUCUGCAAAUCACUUUCUCACCCUCCUGACUAGAGAAAAUCUUUUUAUUUGCUGUGUUUCAUCUUCCAGUACUGUUUUUUCUAUUUGGGGAUAAGGGUGGAAUAGGAAUUUUAACACCAAGGGACUUGACUAUUUUAUGCCAUAUGCCUUUACUGGCUUCUUGUGCAAUAAUAGUUUGAAGGAUGGGAAGAGUUCUUUAUUUUGAGUAUUGAAACCAGUUACAGCUGGCUGCCUAAUAAUAAUAAUAAUAAUAAUAAUAAUAAUAUAAUUUUAAAAUAAUGCAAAGGUGGCUGGCUUGAUUUAGAAGUAGGAAUACAACAAAAGCAAUUAUUUUUCCCUUUUUGAUUCUGAUUAUAGUGCCAUAAACCUUGUUACAUAUGUAUAUCAGAAUGUACAAAGAUUUUAAAAAAACAAGCAAAAUUUAUUUAAAAUAUUUUUUCGCACAAAAUACUGGUGUGUUUCUGUUCAUGUAAAAGAAAGUUGAUUAUAAAAUGAAAACUGUUUUAGAAAAUGUGUGUGUGUUUGUGUGUCCUUUUUCUUAAUUUCUUUAAUGAAAGCCACUGACUAGUUAUGGUUUUCAUUUGCCAUAUAUAGAAAUAGGUUUGGAGAGCUUGAUGCCAGCCAAAGUCUGAUAAUUUACCCAUGUUAUUGUUCCAUGCAGCUCUGUUUUCGAUGCACCAUGGGUAGCCCAGGUUAGGCACAACUGCCUUGGUUCCACUAAGCCAUGGUUUAUUAAAGUAAAAUCAAGUGUUCUAUACACAUGCUUUCUCCUCCCUUUCUCUUUCACACCAGGGACCCAUUUACUUUACACGAUUAUAACAUUAUGAUUCCACCUUAACUGUUGUGGCUACAUUCUGUAGAAUCUGGGAUUCUGUAGUAUAAGGCGAUUUAAUUCUCUUGCCAAGAAUUUUGAAUAUCCCUUCCUAAGUGACAAAUUCCAGGAUUCCAUAGAAUGGAACAAUGGCAAUUAAUGUGGAAUCACAACACCAUAAUUGUAUUAUGUGAAACAGCCCCUGAAUUCAGUACCUCUGGCACUUCUAAAUCACAGUUUCAUAGUUCAGAUGUAACAGAAAACUAUGGUUUGAGAAAACUCAGAAAUACAGAAGAGGGACAAAAAGAUUUGAGAAGAAAUUGGAGAUAGAAUUGGUGUGGAAACAUUUCUCAUUCAUAAGGCAAAAUCCAGUUGUUAGUGCCACCUCAAUGGAUCAGUUGUUUAAGUUGAACUUAACAGAACUAUUUACUCAGCAAAUUCCCAUUGAUUCAUUGGGUCACUUGUAGUUAGGACAAACAGUGUAAUUCAAGCUCUGGCCUGACUUAAUUAGAUAAUGAGUUUGCCUCAGCUGGGCCUAUGGUUUCUGGGCAACUGGUUAGUAUAUGUGCAGGAUUAGCACACCAGAAGCAUGUACAUCUGGCUAGGACAGUAUAGGUAAAACUACACAUAUCUGGCCAGAUGUACAUAAGAGCAUUUAAUCAAAAUGGCAGCUGCAUAGUACAUUGGUGAGUUCUUAACUCAUGGUUUUUCCAAAAGGCCCUUUCGUGCUAUGCAGUUCCAACAUCCCAUGGAAUUCUGGGCUUUGUAGUUUGUUAAGGUACUACUAAUCUCUGAGAAUUCUAAGUGACCCUCCCUGCACUGCAGAUCCCAUGUUGCCAUGGCAGUUCAAGUGUAAUCAUAGCACUAUGUUUGUGAAGUGAGACAUACUAUUUUGUGGUACCAUACUGUACCUUUGUAUCUGAUUUUUGGAUGACGGUCAAACUUGUGCCCUCCUUCUUCUCUAGCUAAAAUUUAUUUCACAGUUGAUCAAUUCAAACACUUCCCAAAUAGCUGCCUUUUUAUGGUGUGCAAAUGCAGAGCAAAAUAGUGGUAAUAAGGUGUUGGGGAAAAUUAUUAGUUACCGAAGUGUAUAUCUACAUAGGGCUUUUUGCCAGAGCUUUCUCAUACCUGCAAAGUGCAUGCAGUGGUCCCUGCUACUUUAUCUAGUUGAAACUGCAGUGUGAAUGGUGUAGUCCAUAUGUUGUAAAAAAAAUCACAACACAGUUUUUGGAGUAUUGUUUCCCAUAUUUCCAUUUCAGUAUUAAACCAUGAACCAGCAACACAAGAAUGGGAUGUUCAGAUUUUCUGUUAGCCAGCUGCCUGAUAACCAGUUGCAGUUUCACAACAGUUGCAGCAUAUCAUAUUUUUAAAAGAACUUGGGUUUGCUGAAUUCACAAAACACCCUACUAGAGUCUUGUGUGAUAUAAUAGUUUCAUUGCAUCAGGAGGCCAGGGUUUGAAUCCCUGCUUGGCCUUGGAAACCCACAGGGUGAUCUUGGGCAAGUCAUACUCUCUCAGACUCAGAGAAAGGCAAUGGCAAAUCCCCUCUGAACAAAUUUUGUCAAGAAACCCCAUGUUAGAUUUAUCUUGGGGUCACCAUAAGUUGAAAAUGACUUCAGGCAUGGAACAAGAACUAACUGGAGAGGCAGAAGUACAGAAAUAUAAUGAAAGUAUCUGUCAUGUGAUCUGGUAAGAACCCACUGCAGACUCUCCCUUUCUGGAUUCCCUGGUACUGAUUUAUUGUUAAGCAAGUUAAUGCCAAUAUUGAAAUGGUACCUAUAAGUGUUUCCUUUGAGAAAUGCCCAUUUGGCCUUGAGGUCCUUUCACUUUUAAAUACGUAGUAUUGGUGUUUGCCUUAACUUACCUAUUAAUCAUGGUGGUUUUUUUUAAAAAAAAAAUGGUCAAGGUCAUGCCAGUGUGUGAAAUCCACAUAAACUCAACAAUUAUCACUAAUCCCAUCCCUCCUUUUAGAUGCACUAACCUUUUUCAAACACCCUUUGAAAGCUCCCAUCUUUUAGUUUAAUCUUGCCAUGUGGCAGUCCAAACCUUGGGCACAAUGAAUUGUAAAGCUCCACUGAAAUGAAGGGAAACUGCAUAACAACGUUCCUUUUAAUGGUGAGUUUCCAGGAGAACAUGCUGGUGAAUUGUGCCUUUGAUUAGUAUGAAUUUGGAACAAAUCAAGGAAAGCUGGAAAUGACUGUAGGAUGCUUCAUAGCUGUAGGGAGGGUGUUGUGUUUUCCUUUCAGAUCAAAAUCUAUAUAGACUGAACAAAGUACAGGUUGAAUCUCCUUUGUCUGAAAUGCUUGGGACCAGAAGUACUCUGAAUUUUGGAUUAUUAUUUUUUUGGAUUUUGGAAUACUUGCAUAUACAUAAUGAGAUAUCUUGGAGAUG